GUGCAAUUAAUUGUUGGUCGCGAAAGUGGUUCUACAAUUGAAAGAAAAUAUUUGAAAAAAUGUUGAAUCACCACAUUAAGUCUUCUUCUAAACUACUGAUCGCUAACCAAGACUGGGUGCUGACCAGACAGCUAAAAUCUGUCAGGAUGGUUUCCAACGUCAUAUUUUCACAGUUUAGCUUCUUUCUGUUGAUGGCUGUAUCUGAAUGGUAUCUUACAGAAAGCAAUGACUGUGAGGUGAAUGUUGACAGAGAACUUGGGGAUUCAGUUCUGUUAGACGUUCUGAAUCUAAGCUCCCGUACCUAUGAUUCUCUUCUUUGGCAGAAAGGAAGGUACGCCGUCGCACGAUACAAAAAUGCUCCUAAGGUGUAUUCUAAAUUUCACAGUAAAGUAAACAUUUUUCAAAAUGGUUCUCUGAGCAUUAUCUCCACAUCAAAAUCUGAUGAAGGAAAAUACAUAGUGAACGUAUUUGACAAAAAUGGAAUACGGACAUUAAAUCAAAACUUUACAUUACGUUUAUUUGAGAAACUUUCAAUACCAGUAAUGAAAGUGGAUUGUGUAAAUGAGCAAGAUAUGUAUAUAUCAUGCGAAGUUCAUAAAGGAACUCCAGUUUCCUUCUACUUGAACGAACAACCACUGACUAAGCAUAACACUUCAUUUUCAAACGGUGGGAGAAAAGCUACACUGAAGAACUUCACCUCAUCUUACAGCAAUAAAACGUUCUUCUGUAAGGUUGAAAACCCGAUCAGUGAAGGGCAAUCAACUCCAAGCCAACUCUACUGUGCAGGCAAGUGCAAAACAACGUUGAGUAAUGUACCUGCGGAAAACUUAAAGCAAAUAAGCCUAUUUAAAUCAGUAACAAGAAUUUAGGGUUAUCAGCGGCAAUGAGAAUAAGUACCUUCUUUGAAAUUAAAGGCGAGCAAUGAACCCAACUCACAUCUGAAAACUACAGUAGCAUAGUGGUUAGCACAAUUGCUUUACAGUGUCAGUGAUCAGGGUCUGUGCUUCAAUUCCAUCUGCUGCCUGUAAGUAGUUUGUACAUUCUCCCUGUGGCCGCGUGGGUUCCUCUGGACGCUCCAG